GACAAUGUCAAAGUCAUUUUGGCUUACCUACCGCCACAUGUUACGAUAGUAUAUUUUUCAAUAAAAUAAAUUUGUUUUACAAAAUACUUCAAAAUGAAACCCUUAAUGUUGCAAGGGCACGAGCGUGCUAUAACACAGAUCAAAUACAACCGUGAAGGAGACUUACUGUUUUCUGCAGCGAAAGAUGCCAAGCCAAAUGUGUGGUGGUCACUCAAUGGUGAACGCUUGGGCACAUUCAAUGGUCAUGGUGGUGUAGUGUGGUGCCUUGACGUUGAUUGGCAAAGUAUACAUCUUAUAACAGGCGGUGGUGACAGUUCUUGCAGAUUAUGGGACUUAGAAACAGGCAAGAAUAUUGCAACAAUAAAGACAAAUUCUUCUGUGAGGACAUGUAAUUUCAGCUUUAGUGCCUACCAAGCUGCUUAUACAACAGAUAAAGCUAUGGGACACCCUUGUGAGGUGUUUAUUAUUGACACAAGAACAGUAGAUGACUCCAUCUCAUCUGCUUCCCCUAUUCUUAAGUGGGAAAUUACCGACUCAAAAGUUACAUCAAUGAUUUGGGGUUCCCUCGAUGAGACAAUCAUUACUGGUCAUGAAGCUGGAGACCUUAUCCAAUGGGACUUGAGGACUGGAAAGAAAAUUCACUCAAUCAAGGAGCACUCCCGUCAAAUAAACGACAUGCAAUUAUCGCGCGAUGGUACAAUGUUCAUCACAGCAUCAAAAGAUCAAACGGCGAAAUUGUUUGACACAAGCUCUUUGGAAUUACUGAAGGAAUAUAAAACAGAGCGUCCUGUAAACUCUGCAGCUCUCAGUCCCAUUCUGGAUCAUGUUGUUCUUGGUGGAGGACAGGAUGCUAUGGAAGUGACAACUACAUCUACACGACAGGGUAAAUUCGAUGCGCGUUUCUUCCAUCUCGUGUUUGAAGAAGAGUUUGGACGUGUAAAGGGUCACUUUGGUCCUAUCAACAGUUUGGCAUUCCACCCUGAUGGUAGAAGUUAUGCUUCUGGUGGUGAAGACGGUUAUGUUAGAGUACAGAGUUUCGAUCAAGCCUAUUUUGAUUAUACUUUCGAUUAUAACAGGGAGUAAAUCUUUGUAGUCAUAGUAUUGUAUAAUUCAUAAACACAUUACCAUCAGAGAUAUUUGUAAGUGUCACAACUCCAGUUCAUGUUGGCUGUCUCAUCAUUCUGUAGCCAAAAAAUAAAAUAUUUUAUAAAUGCAAA